AUGGCCACCGAAUUGCAGAACAGCAGAGCCAAGAAGGUACUACUCCUCGGUUCUGGUUUCGUCACGCGACCAGCUGCCGUUGAGCUUGACAAGGCCAAUGUGCUAGUCACUGUCGCCUGCCGAACCUUGGAGAGCGCAAAGAAGCUCGCAGAAGGUCUCAAGUACGCCAAUGCCAUCUCUCUCGAUGUUGCCAACAAGGAGGCUCUUGAGGCGGAGAUCGCCAAGGUCGACUUGGUCAUCUCCCUAAUCCCAUACACUUUCCACGCUCAGGUCAUUCAAGCCGCCAUCAACCAGAAGAAGAAUGUCGUCACCACCUCGUAUGUCUCUGAUGCCAUGAUGGCACUCGACAAGCAGGCCAAGGACGCCGGCAUCACUGUCUUCAACGAGAUUGGUCUCGACCCUGGCAUUGACCACCUGUACGCCGUCAAGACCAUCUCCGAGGUCCACGAGCAAGGUGGCAAGAUCACCGGCUUCUGGUCCUACUGUGGUGGUCUCCCAGCUCCAGAGGAUUCCGACAACCCGCUCGGCUACAAGUUCUCCUGGUCUCCUCGCGGUGUCCUUUUGGCCGCCAGCAACACUGCCAAGUUCUACAAGGACGGCAAGAUCGAGACUGUUAGCGGUGCUGACUUGAUGGGCACCGCCAAGCCAUACUUCAUCUACCCAGGCUUCGCAUUCGAGGCUUACCCCAACAGAGACAGCACUCCAUUCCGAGAGCGAUACGACAUCCCAGAGGCCCAGACCGUUGUUCGAGGAACGCUCCGCUACCAAGGCAACCCAGCCAUCGUUCAAACCUUCCAAGACCUCGGUCUGCUGAGCGACAAGGAGCAAGACUACCUCAAGUCUCCUAUCUCCUGGAAGGAGGCCUUCGGCAAAAUCGUUGGAUCCAGCAGCCAUAACGAGCAAGACCUCGCCUGGGCAGUGGACUCCAAGACCAAGUUCAAGAACACCGAGGAGAAGGAGCGGAUUCUCACAGGUCUGCGCUGGUACGGUCUGUUCAGCGACGACAAGAUCGAGCCCCGCGGUACUCCCCUCGACUGCCUCUGCGCUACCCUCGAGAAGAAGCAGCAGUACUUCGAAGGCGAGCGUGACUUUGUCAUGCUCCAGCACAAGUUCGAGAUCACCUGGCCCGAUGGCAAGAAGGAGAUGCGGACGUCGACUCUCACCGAGUACGGUGAGCCCACCGGCAGCGGCGGCUACAGCGCCAUGGCUAGAUUGGUCGGUGUCCCUUGCGCAGUUGCUGUGCUCGCUGUUCUCAACGGCGAUAUCUCCGACAAGGGUGUUCUCGCGCCUGUCACCCCCAAGUACGUCGAGCCAAUCCGCAAGAAGCUGCUCGAGUACGGCAUCGAGCUCAAGGAGAAGACUUUGGCGUAA